CACCUGUGAUGGGUGCUGGGUGUUGCAUGGAAGUGUUGAAUCAGUAUGUUGUACACCUGAAACUAGUAUUACACUGAAUGUUAACUAACUGGAAUUUAAAUAAAAGCUUAAAAAAAAUCAUAGUGGGGAAAAAAAUACCCAUGGCCUCUAUCUCCUUUAUCUUGUGAAGUGCCUAUGUGCAGUUCUUACCAAUUAUGCUUUAUUUACAGUUAGCUUCUCUGGAAAGUGCCUUAUGUUGUUUUGAACAACAGACAAGAGUAGUCAGAAUCUUAGUAGUACUAGUAUCAGGGAAUUGUUUUAGUGCUUUUUAAAAUACUUCCUGAUUUUUGAAUGAGGCACUACCUUGCCAUAACAGGCUGUUAGUCAUGCCUGUGUUUAGUAGGAAAUCAGGAAAUGAUGUUCUUUUGGGUUGUUGGUAUUUAAAAACAAAACAAAACCUCUGAAAUAUUGCUUUCAACAACCUUACUGAAAUGAUUUCCUGUACAGAACUGUGUUUACCUAAUUUGAAGGCCUAGUGGCAAUAACAGCAGCAAUGUACAAACAGUUCUGUAGAACCUGCACCUGGGUUGAAAUGAGAUGCUGCCUCCUUGAUGGGCCAAUUUUGACUUAAAAAAAAAAAAAAAGGUAGCACUGCAUCCACAGAUACACAGGUAAGUCAUAGGUUACACCAACAAAGGUAUUUUGCUGAGCAUAUUAUUGUCUUAGUUUAGCAGAUAAAUACUUCAAAUAUGAAUAGAGUGUUAGCUUUUGGUUCUGAAGUAGUAUUACUGUGUUUUAAUUAUAAUUAUUAUCCAUGGUUACAGUGGAGCAAUAGUAAUAUGGAUAAUUUUAAAAUAAUUUAUGCAUGGUAUGCAUGUGCACUAUGUUCCUUGAGUUAAUGUCACAGGCAAUUCACCAUUAAUGGUUAAGGGAUUAAUAGUGUGAGCAACUCUAAAAUGAACCCUCAAAUCAAAGCAACUCUAAGAGUUUGAUUUGAAGCUAAGCUUUAUUUAGUAUGGAUCGUCUUAGGCAAAUUACCUAACCUCUGUUCUUUGGUUUCCUCAUGUGAGAAUUAGAGUAGUACCUGUUUCAUAGGAUUGUUGUGUAGAUUAACUAAGUAUGUUUAGAAGUAUAAUCAGUUUAACCAGGAACAGUAAACAUUCAAUAACUGUUAGCUAUUAUAAUUACUGACAAUAUUAAAGUCAUUUGAAAGUUUCAUUUGGGAAUGUCUUAUAGUGUUGAGCUUCUUCCUGUUUCUUGCCCCAUUCACUCUUCAUACCUUUCAGAUGUGAUACAUGAUGGCAGCCCAAAUGGAACCAGCCAUUCCCUUCUUUCCUCCCUUCUAAUUUUUUUCUCUUCCCCUGUGUGUUUUACUUUAGUUUAGGUUAUUUUUGUUUUUGAUAUGAAGAAAAUUAUAUAAGUUUAUUAAAAGGCAUAAGAGAAGACCUGAAUAAACAGACAUCCCACAUCCAUGAUAAAGAGUUUAAAUAUCAAAGUAUUUUAGUGGUUUAAAAAAAAAAUUUUUUUUUAAAUUUUUUUUUUCAACGUUUAUUUAUUUUUGGGACAGAGAGAGACAGAGCAUGAACGGGGGAGGGGCAGAGAGAGAGGGAGACACAGAAUCGGAAACAGGCUCCAGGCUCUGAGCCAUCAGCCCAGAGUCUGACGCGGGGCUCGAACUCAUGGACUGCGAGAUCGUGACCUGGCUGAAGUUGGACGCUUAACUGACUGUGCCACCCAGGCGCCCCUAAAAAAAUUUUUUUUGAGAGAGGGCAUGUGAACACACAAGUGGAGGAGGGGAAGAGGGAGAGGGACUCUUAAGCAGGCUCCAUGGUCAGCACGGAGCCUGUUACAGGGCUUGAUCUCCCAACUGUGAGACCAUGACCUGAGUGGAAACCCAAGAGUUGGGUGUUUAAACGACUUAGCCAUCCAGGCAACCCCCAAAUAUUUUAUUUUUUAAAAAUUUUUAUUUAUUUUGAGAGAGAGAGAGAGCACACGAGCUGGGGAGGGUUGGAGAGAGAAGGAGAAAGAAAGAGAGAAAUUCCAAGCAGGCCCUGCCCUGUCAGUGCAGAGCCUGAUGAGGGGCUCAAAUCCACAAACCGUGAGAUCAUGACCUGAGCCUAAAUCAAGAGUUGGAUGCUUAACUGACCAAGCCACUCAGGAGCCCCCAGAGUAUUUUAGUUUUAAAAGAAGAAAAGUCCAUUCAGUAGGAUGGUUGUUGUAUCAUCAGACCCUUGAAAGCCAACUCCUGAUCACAGGUAACAUUCCUGCUGAUAAUAAGAGUUUGCCAGUUGUGAAAAGGAAUGUUACAAGAGAAGACUGCUGCAAAGAAAAGGUGAUAACAGAGAGCAUUGAUAUGAGGAAGAUGAGGGGGGAAUACAAGUGCAUGCAAAAUUCUGAAUUGGAACUGUAAACCUCUUGGACUUUUGAAUUGAGUUUUUCAUAUUUCUACUUAACAGGAAUGGAACUUGUUUCAAGCCCUCAAGCAAGUGGAUAGUGGAUGAAGAAUUCUACUUUGUAUUUUAAUCAGCAAAAUGUUUUGAUUAGAGGAAGAUUAGAAAGUUAGGGCAUCAGCCAGCCAUGAUCUGAAUGGAGAGCAAGCCCUGGACCCGGAGGUCACUAUUUUAAGAAAUUAUAUACUGAAGUAAAAUGCUGCAUGAGUUAGAGAAAGGAAGGAUCCAGAAACAUAUGGCCUCAUUGUUGGCAAGGACAUCGAUAAGAGGCUGACAUUCAUUUCUGUUCUAACCAGCUACUUUAUAACUGUGAAUAGUAACUAUGCAUAUUUGUUGCUCAGCAAAACCAAGGAACAAGAGCUAUGGCAGUUGAAAAAGUCUGUCUGAUUCCAGGGUAUUUUUCCUGGGUUUCAUCAUCAGGGACCUUCUCCUUUUCAUCUCAUCAACAAUGUGGUACCUUUUACCAUUCAGUAAAGAUUAAGGACAUGUUCUUUGGUCAGCAACCAGAACUUAAAAUCUGCUGGAAUAAGGUCAGAGACCAUUUCAAUUACAGCUGAGGAAAAUGAAAUUUCCAUUUUAUUUGGUGCCUUGUACAGGGAACACACUAACUCUUAACAGAAAGGUCUGAGUGAAAAGAGAUUGAGUUCAUCUAAUAGAAACUCAUGGUUAUGGCGAGUGACCCAACGUGAUUAGAGGGGGCAAGAGCCACACAGGAACUCAUGACGGGCUAUACCAUGUUGCGGAAUGGGGGAGUGGGGAAUGGAGGUCAAACCUGUAUGUUACGGUGGUCCAACCGGAUCCGACUCACAUGGCUCAGUUUCACGCUCUUCAUCAUUCUGGUUUUCUUCCCCCUUAUUGCUCACUAUUAUCUCACCACUCUGGAUGAGGCUGAUGAGGCAGGCAAGCGGAUUUUUGGCCCAAGGGCUGGUAAUGAACUAUGCGAGGUAAAGCAUGUGCUGGAUCUUUGCCGGAUUCGUGAGUCUGUAAGCGAAGAGCUCUUGCAGCUGGAAGCCAAGCGGCAAGAGCUGAACAGUGAAAUUGCCAAGCUGAAUCUGAAGAUUGAAGCCUGUAAGAAGAGCAUUGAGAAUGCCAAGCAGGACUUGCUUCAGCUCAAGAAUGUCAUUAGCCAAACUGAGCAUUCUUACAAAGAGCUGAUGGCUCAAAAUCAGCCCAAACUUUCUUUGCCUAUCCGAUUGCUUCCAGAGAAGGACGAUGCCGGUCUUCCUCCCCCAAAGGUCAUACGGGGAUGCCGGCUGCACAAUUGUUUUGAUUAUUCUCGCUGUCCUCUCACCUCUGGUUUUCCAGUCUAUGUAUAUGACAGUGACCAGUUUGCCUUUGGCAGCUACCUGGAUCCUUUGGUCAAGCAGGCUUUUCAGGCUACAGCACGAGCCAGCGUUUAUGUUACAGAAAAUGCAGACAUUGCCUGCCUUUAUGUGAUAUUAGUGGGAGAAAUACAGGAGCCAGUAGUGCUUCGGCCUGCUGAACUUGAGAAGCAGCUCUAUUCUCUACCACAUUGGCGGACAGAUGGACACAACCAUGUCAUCAUCAAUCUGUCGCGGAAGUCAGAUACACAGAAUUUACUAUAUAAUGUCAGUACAGGCCGGGCCAUGGUGGCCCAGUCUACUUUCUAUGCUGCCCAGUACAGACCUGGAUUUGACUUGGUAGUGUCACCACUAGUCCAUGCCAUGUCAGAGCCCAACUUCAUGGAAAUCCCACCACAGGUGCCAGUUAAGCGGAAAUAUCUUUUCACCUUCCAGGGUGAGAAGAUUGAAUCACUGAGAUCCAGCCUUCAGGAGGCCCGCUCCUUUGAAGAAGAAAUGGAGGGUGACCCUCCAGCCGACUAUGAUGAUCGUAUCAUUGCCACCUUAAAGGCUGUACAGGACAGCAAGCUAGAUCAGGUCCUGGUAGAAUUUACCUGCAAAAACCAGCCUAAACCCAGUCUGCCUACUGAGUGGGCACUGUGUGGGGAGCGUGAGGACCGCUUAGAAUUACUGAAGCUUUCCACCUUUGCCCUCAUUAUCACUCCUGGGGACCCUCACUUGGUUAUUUCAUCUGGGUGUGCAACACGGCUCUUUGAAGCCCUGGAAGUUGGUGCUGUCCCAGUUGUGCUGGGGGAGCAAGUCCAGCUUCCCUACCAGGACAUGCUGCAGUGGAAUGAGGCAGCCCUGGUGGUGCCCAAGCCACGUGUUACCGAGGUUCAUUUUCUGUUACGAAGCCUCUCAGAUAGUGAUCUGCUGGCUAUGAGGCGGCAAGGCCGCUUUCUCUGGGAGACGUACUUCUCAACCGCUGACAGUAUUUUUAAUACUGUGCUGGCUAUGAUUAGGACUCGCAUACAGAUCCCAGCUGCCCCCAUCCGGGAAGAGGCGGCAGCUGAGAUCCCCCAUCGUUCAGGCAAGGCGGCUGGAACGGACCCUAACAUGGCCGACAAUGGGGAUCUGGACCUGGGGCCAGUGGAAACGGAGCCGCCUUAUGCCUCACCCAAAUACCUCCGCAACUUUACUUUGACUGUCACUGAUUUUUACCGCAGCUGGAACUCUGCUCCAGGGCCUUUCCAUCUGUUCCCCCACACACCCUUUGACCCUGUGUUGCCCUCAGAGGCCAAAUUCUUGGGCUCAGGGACUGGAUUUCGGCCUAUUGGUGGUGGAGCUGGGGGUUCUGGCAAGGAGUUUCAGGCGGCACUUGGAGGCAACGUUCCACGAGAGCAGUUCACGGUGGUGAUGUUGACUUAUGAGAGGGAGGAAGUGCUUAUGAACUCUUUAGAGAGACUGAAUGGCCUCCCUUACCUGAACAAGGUCGUGGUGGUAUGGAAUUCUCCCAAGCUACCGUCAGAGGACCUUCUGUGGCCCGACAUUGGCGUCCCCAUUAUGGUGGUCCGGACUGAGAAGAACAGUUUGAACAACCGAUUCUUGCCCUGGAAUGAAAUUGAGACAGAGGCUAUCCUGUCUAUUGAUGAUGAUGCUCACCUCCGCCAUGAUGAAAUCAUGUUUGGGUUUCGGGUGUGGAGAGAAGCACGGGACCGCAUUGUGGGUUUCCCUGGCCGUUACCAUGCGUGGGACAUCCCUCAUCAGUCCUGGCUCUACAACUCCAACUACUCCUGUGAGCUGUCCAUGGUGCUGACAGGUGCUGCCUUCUUUCACAAGUAUUAUGCCUACCUGUAUUCUUACGUGAUGCCCCAGGCCAUCCGAGAUAUGGUGGAUGAAUAUAUCAACUGUGAGGACAUUGCCAUGAACUUCCUUGUCUCCCACAUCACUCGGAAACCCCCCAUCAAGGUGACCUCUCGGUGGACUUUCCGAUGCCCAGGAUGCCCUCAGGCCCUGUCACACGAUGAUUCCCACUUUCAUGAGCGGCACAAAUGUAUCAACUUUUUUGUCAAGGUGUAUGGCUAUAUGCCCCUGCUGUACACUCAAUUCAGGGUGGACUCUGUGCUCUUCAAAACCCGCCUGCCCCACGACAAGACCAAGUGCUUCAAGUUCAUCUAGGGGCAUUGCAAGUUUUAGGGAGAGGAUGAACAGAGAGGGGGAGAUGGCUCCUAAGGUUCCUAGACAUUGAAGGACCUCAGGGACAUCCGCUGGGUGGGUGGCCCACGCCCUCUGCUGGGAGAGGUGGCAGGAAGAAUGGAAAGGAAAUAGCCUUCUUUCUCUUAAAGUCGGCCACACUGGGCCUGGAACCCUGGUCCAAGGACACCGGGGUUCCCUAUACAGGGCACUGACUGAUAGCUUACACUGAGGACCAUGGGGACUCCGGAGAGUCACUCACGCAGUUCAUAAGCCCAGGAAGCUGGUUUGUGAUUUUUAAAUUCAGUAACAGCUAUUAUUAUUAUUUAAAAGGAAAAAGUUUCAGAUUUGCCAUUCAAGGCUUAUUUAUAUAUAUGUGUGUGUAUAUAUACAUAUAUAUGUGUGUAUAUAUGUAUAUAGAUGCACACACACACUCUCACGUACAUAUACAUAUACAUAUACAUAUAUAUAUAUAUAUUUGGGGGGGGGUAGUUUGAAAUUUCUGCCUGUUUCACAAAGUGAGGGACCCAUCAGGUCUUCUGAUGUUCUGUAUGUUGGUGGAGACGGAUCCUGGCCUCAUGGUAUCUAGCUCAUCCUUAAGGAUCAUCUCCACAUUCCCCAGGGCAUCAUUGUGCAGAAACAAAAAGGCCAGGCUUGGCCCUCCUGUGGGGCCUGGACGAGAUAAGCCGUGUCGGUUUGUUCCUUCCCCCAUCUGUUGCCACCCGGCGAUCUGGAACUCGCGUCUUCCUGUCGCUUGAGUCCGUGGGGAGGACCUGCACCUCUGGGAACAGCAGAGCUUCCCUGUGCUGGAUUCAGUGGUUUCAAGGAUUCAUCAUUAGGCUGUGCUGUCCCAGAACUUGUCCCUGCACCCCCAUUCUCUCCCCUGUUGGAAAGAAGAAUGAGGAAGGAGUGAGACCUGAAGACCGCUCUCCCAGAUGGCUCUUUUUGUUCAGCCCUCCUUUUAAAACACAUGUUAUGCUUUGGCUUCAGGCUUUCCUGAAAGUUAUCUCUUGUGUAAGAGAACAGAGAACUGGCAGGCACUUCCAGGUGUGAUCUGCAGUGGUUUGCGGGUUGGCCUCCUCUCUCUGGCAUAGAAUGAGUGAGCAUCCUUUGCGGAUCCCCACCCGGCUGGCCGGGAAGUCUUACAGCAAGGCGCCUGCCUUGGGAUAAAUACCUUGGUGAAAUUCACCUUCCCCUCCGCCUUUGUCUGGACCUGUACCCUAUGUUACCUGUAGUUUUUAGAUCCCCAAUGCCAGGUUGGUUCCAGGACCCCUUGAGGUUUGGUAUGUGCCAGAACGAUAGGAAGAUCUAAUUUGUUAAGUUAGGCUCCAGUCCAGCCUGAGAUUUCACAGGCAUUUGUACCCACAUUACCACUUUCACUCCAGGUUUACAUUUCUAUUCCUUGGGCUGAAAUGGAAAUAAGCUAUUUUUUUUUUUUUUUUUUUUUGGUGGUAGUGGCAGUAGGGGAAUGGAAGAGGGUAUUAGAGGCAUUUGGCAGGGAUUUAGCCCAUGGCUUGUACCAUUUUUCUGGACCCCACUUUUUUUCAGUGAAGUUGAAUAUAGGUGGUUUCCCACAGCUGGACAAAAGCUCAGGUCUGUCCUGGUCAUGCACAUGCCUUAAGCCAGUUCCGUCUUCCCCAGACCUUGACACCCUGUGCUUCUAUUUCUUGGGGGCACGUUCUCCUCUGACAUGUCUGUAUCAGUGGGUCUCUUCAAAUAUCAUUUUGAAGCCAGACCCUGUCCCAUAUAGAUCCCAUCCAGCUGGAGGGCUAGCUGGACCUAAGGGACCUCUCCUUCUUGGCAGGCAAGACCAGGGCUGCACCUGGGACUUGUGUCGUCCAGAGGUUCCCACUGGCAUCCCACUGGCUCUUCCACAGAGGCAGCUACCCAGGAAAUUCAAUUCAGCUUCUCAGCAACCCAGCAAAGGGGUCCAGACUCCCUGCAUCCUAGCUUUCUAACUACCCUUUUCUUGACUCCUGACUUUAUCCUUUUUAGCGGUAGCUUUCUUCCCUCCGGGGAGCCAAAGAGUGUGGUGUUUUGAGCUAUAUAUGUGGCUGCUAUUUUUAUCUUGUUUAUUUUAAUGUGAGGAACUCAUAAACUGACUUUUAGUGGGACCUGGUGAGAAAAGAGCAGUCUGUGUUAGGACCCCCAUAUAUUGGAGCCAGGUUUUUUGGUCCCUGAAUGCUCUUGGUGGAUCCAGGAGUAGCUGAGUGGUCUGAGAUUAUGGAUGACAUCAAGGCAUACUGCAGAAGGGCUAGGAUGUCAGAGCCCCUGACAAGGCGAGCACUAUUUUGACUUGAAUGGAACACUAACCUGAAGGACUCCGAACAGCAGGCCCCGGUGGACACUGGCCAUGUUCUUAAGGGACACUCCUCAGUAGCAAGAGGUGGGGCAGUCAGACCUUUUAUGUUGCUUGGUUAGGUGCUACUGGAGAGUGAGUGGCUGCUGCUUUUUGUAAGGUGGGUUAGGGGGAGGCCCAGCUCCAUGCUUCAAAUGCCUUUGAUGCUGAUCGGUCACUUGGGAAUCACAGAUGUCAUCUCUACCAUGUAACUGUGACUCGUUUGGAAGACGAAAACCGCUCACAUGGGUUUCCCCAGCUGUCUGUAGGUAACACCUUGUUGCCUAGUCUUUGCACCCAGGGCCCAGGACAUCCUUGUCCCCAGGUAGCCAGUUCGCUUUUCACCAUGAGGGACAUUCACCUAAGUGAGAGCCUCCCCAAGGUGCUCAUCAGGCCGUCCUGAGCCUUUGCACUCCUGGCAGUGGUUGUCUGGUGCGGACUGCUCCUCAGGCCGGGCCAGCUCGUGGUCACCGGGGUCCUGUGUUGGCAGGUGGAGUGGUCUGUGCAGGAGCUGCCUGUGUGUGUGCUCAGGGAGCUCCCGCUUUGAAAUGAUGAUAUGUUGAAGGGGGAAGCUCUUUGAUGUCCAUGCUGUGUCCAUCCGCCCCACCCUUUUUCCAGUCAUGAGCACAAUGGUCUUAUGUUGGACUUUUGUAAAAAAAAGAAAAAAAAAAUAAAUGGAGACUUUAACUCAA